AUAACGGAUCGCAUGAGCAUUGACAAUAUGACGAAUCCGCAGAACUCCAACUUUGUCUGCGAAUUUCCAGGCUGCACUGCGUCGCCGUUCGCAACUCAGUACUUGCUGAACUCGCACGCAAAUGUCCACUCUUCUGCCCGGCCACAUUAUUGUUCAGUGAAGGGAUGCCCUCGAGCCGAGGGCGGAAAGGGCUUUAAACGCAAAAAUGAGAUGAUCAGACACGGUCUCGUUCACGACUCGCCAGGAUACGUCUGCCCCUUUUGUCCGGAUCGAGAACACAAGUACCCAAGGCCAGACAACUUACAACGACAUGUCCGUGUCCACCACGUCGACAAGGACAAAGACGACCCCUUGUUGCGCGGUGUCUUGGCCCAGCGCCCGGAUGGUCCGAAUCGAGGUCGCAGGCGUCGUGGU